AUGUUGGAAAGAUUUUAUAAUUUGAUUCGAAAUAUAGAAGAAGAGGAAGGCGAUGAUGAAAGUAGCUCGAAAUCUCUCUCUAACAUUUUUACUAAAGAUGCAGAAGUCGCACUUGAAACGGCAUUCAACUUCCUUCAACUAGGUGACAUGGAAAUAAAUUACGAUGAAUUUAAAGCCUUUCGAGAAAGGUGGAAUUGCAUAGUAUUGCAAAGCAAAAACAAACUCGAAUAG